ACAUGUGAUCGCUCUUCACGCGCCACCCUAUGCAAGCUUCACAUGCACGGACGUGUUGCUGGCCAGCCGUCAGGUGCCCGGCAGCGCUGAGAGGAGACGUUGCGGUCGAAAGGCCACGGAGGACCCAUGCCAGCCGGAGGCGCUGGGGACAUUUGCCAUGGCUGGUCCCGGCCUUCGCCUGGCAGCUGAAGCGGAGGAGGUCUGCGUGUUGGCUUGCAGCCAGUGCGCAUUCUGCGCAGCUAGACAGGACACAGGUCCCGUCGGGACCCGGAUGCCGGCUCUGGGGCUGCCGCUGUACCACAGCUUGGCGCCCGCAGGACCUGCCUGCUGCGAAGCAGCUGACUGCAUGGUGGCGCCGCCGCAGCGGCCAGCAGUUGGACAUCUACCAGGAGGAGCACCCGGACGGAUACCGCACGCGCGCGAAAUUGGCCGUGGGUCCUUCGCGCGAGGGGCCCGUGAUCGGCCUCUUCCAAAGAGGCACCUUCGAUGUGGCGAGGUGCUGCGGGUGCAGAGCCAAUCAUCCAGCCUUGGAUGCCGCCCUCAAGGUCUUGGAGGAUGUCCUUCGUGCACAUCCACAGGUCGAGGCCUUCCACCACGCGGAGUCCAGCGCCGAAAGUGCGGCGCUGCGGAACGUGGAGCUUACCGUGGAGCGGCCCACAGGCUUGGUGCAGCUGGUGCUGCUCUGGAACGGACGCCGCGGAGAUGAUGCACCUGAGCUGGGCACCUUGGUAGACAGCCUUUGGCCUGCUGGCUCGCAAAGUGACCGAUGGCACUCCAUCCUGGUCCACUGGCGAGAUCCUGAUCCUAGCCUCCUCCGGGAGAUGCGCUCCAAGCGCCGGGAUGCUUGGGAGCAACGCCGCCCGGCGACUCGGCGAGGCGUGGUGCGCGCCACGGUGUCCGAGCACCUGGAUGGCCUGCCCUUCUCCUUUGGCGCCAAGAGCUUUCGGCAGGCGAACCUUUUUGUCUACGAGCAGAUAUUGCGGGAUAUGAAGGCGCAGCUUCUGGCCGUGGCCGGCAAGGGCGCUCAGAUCCUGGAGCUCUGCGGCGGUGUGGGGGUCUUGGGCCUCAGCCUGGCCAAAAGCCUCGACGCCACGCUGCUGAGCACCGAUGUAAAUCCAGAGAGCGGCGAGCUCUUCAAAGUGAAUGCUGCGCGCCUGCUGCCCGCGGAGUCCUACGCCUUUGCCGCGCUCAGCGCAGAGCGGGCCCUGUGUGCCCAGCAGGUGGCAGGGCUGAAUGGGCGAGCCGCGGAGGUGCUGAUCCUGGACCCUCCGCGCCGGGGCUUGGGGUGCCAGACCUGGCGCAGCGGCCGGCCCGCGGGGCAGCAGGAGGCGGAGGCCAUCCGAAGCAGCACCGUACGCGUGGUGAUCUAUAUGAGCUGCGGACCCCGCAGCUUCAUGCAGGACGCCGAGCGUCUCACAUCUCCGGGCGCUACACCGGCGUUCCGCCUCACCUGGCUUAGGCUCUACGACAUGUUUCCUUUCACCGAGCAUAUCGAGACCCUGGGUAUAUUUGUGCGAGACGAGGUGUGCUCGGCCUCGGCCACCGGAACGGAGAUGACCUGGAAGCCAUGGGAGGAGAUGAGCUUUCUUCAAGAGGCUCCGGCUGAACGACUAGAGCGGGGGCGCUACCAGUGCCAGUUCCUGGUCGGCAUCGAAGACCCCGAGUUUCAGGUGGUGGGCCGAAUCCUCGGCCGCGGAGGCGCCAACAUGAAGCGUAUCGCAGGUAAGACCAACGCGAAGAUGCGGCUCAGAGGCCGGGGCUCUGGCUUCAAAGAAGCAGAUCUCGAUGGCCAGGAGUCUACCGAUCCCUUGAUGCUUUGCGUCAGCGCCCCUGAUGCAGAUUCUUACAGAGAAGCUGCUGAAGAGGUUCGCUCCCUUCUGCUGCAGGUCUACAAGGCCGCAAGUCGUGACGUAGCUCCUCUGCAAGUCCAUGAAGGGCCCAGGGAUCUCGACGAAAAAGGAAAGUGCCGGAACCCGCUGAAAGAGGGCUUUUUCGGGAGGCCCGACUAUGAGCCACUUCGACAGGAAAACCCCGAGGUGGCUCCAGAGCAGCAGCGCAUGGUAGGCACGUCAGACGUGGCAACUCGGGUGAAGAACUGCGAUUGCACCUUUGCAGAAGUGUGUGACGCAAUCGUGUCUGGCACGCUGACGGUGCUCAUGGCCUGCAUCAUCAUCCCAUUGGGCAUACCAGCUUUCCUGGUGGUGUUCACCUUGGCUGGCAUGGGCCAGGUUUAUGUCGCCUGCGGCGGAAGUGAGAAAGACUGGAGAUUGUUCGUGACGGGCGCAGACAAGCCCGACGAGAUCUCAGAAGAGUGCAACAGAGAUGUAGACGGCCGCACGGAGGCGCUGCGUGGCCAGGGCGCUUGCCCCAACUAUGCGCACCACGUGCGGAACAAUCACCCAGUCUUCGGCAUUUUCUGCUGCGACCGCGGGCAUCCGUUCAGCCCAGUGGAGCGGUUCGGGCUGCUUGUGCUGCUGGUCAGCUUUGGCUAUUUCAUGGCCGGCUUGAAAAUGAGCUUCGGAGGUUACCUGCACAAGAAUCACUACCACUGGAAUGAUAUGAACCUGACCUGGAUCUUAUUGGAUUGUUACUCCGUAGUGUGCAUCACGCUGCCCAGCAUGGCUCUGCAGACAACCCUGAAGUACUUUGCCUUGCUGGACUACAAGUAUAUCCUGAACAAGUAUGACUACUUCACGAAACAGCGCCGGGAGCGAUGCAAGGCAUUCUUAACGCAGUUUUGCCUGGACCGUGACCUGGGCCAGCCAAAGCCCUCGGCCAAGAAGCCAAAAGGCGGCGGCCUUUGGUCGCUCCUGGACUGCGACUGUUGCAAGAAGUGCUGCGAGAGCAUGGCAGUGUUCAAGGCUUGCCAGGAUGGCUGCGAGGAUGGCCACAACCAGGCGGUGAAUGGGAUCUUCGCCGGCCUCUUCGCAGGCUUGGCCUUCGCAGGCUCUUGCGCAUUCGUGAUCUUCGGCGUGCGGAUGGACAUGGACGCAUCGGAAGAUGUGUGGAGCACCUUCAUCCUUGGCAUCAGCCUGAACUUCUUUCUGCUGUGGUUCCUGCAGAGCUUUCUGAUAUUUCACGUGCGUUGGCUAUACCAGCAUUGGGAGGGACGGAGGUGGAAGGUCUUGAACCAGACUAUCCCUCCGGUGCCCGAGUGCUGGUUGGAGCUGGAGCAUUGCUUCCGUGCCAUGGAUGCGGAUGGCGAUGGCUUCGUCAGCAAGGAAGAUGCCUCUCGAUUGGUGAGGCUCCAUUUGUCUCAGGACCUCAAAGAGGAGAGCUGGGACAAGCUCCUCGCGGAGUUGGACCGAGACCAAGAUGCGAAGCUGUCCCUUGAGGAGGUGGAAGCCAUCAGGUAGGUGCAGGCUGCACGGCGGCACUGAUGCAUGCGGUGCUGAAGCGCAGCUGGUAGCAGCAUGCAAAGGGGAAUGCAAGCCAGCAAUGCUAUGGUCCGGGACAUUGCCUGGCUGUUUAGUCCGACUAGGCAGCAGGGAGAUGUUAGUUUACUGGGGAUGGUCUCGACCUGAUGCUUCUGCGUUUCU